UAAAGGAGGUGGGACCGUGUCUUUUACCGACAGCCGCCCGGUCCAAUCGGAGAGCAGCAUGACGUCGAACUCUGGAUUGACAGUGGUUUGUCCAAUGGGAGCGCAGUCUGACGUAACCUGUUAAAUAAAGGAAGCCUUCCUCGCGACGCUGGCUCAUUUGCCAAUACUGCAGGACAGAAGACUUCAUAGAAACCGACAAAAUGGAGACGCUACUACACGAGAAAGCCUGACAAGGGAUGACUGGGGAAAGCAUGUCGCCAACUUGGCAGAAAAUGAAGAAGCGGCAGCACAGUGACAUAUGUCUGUCUUUGACACGAAGCCAGCUGGUCUUCGACGAAGAGUACCAGAAUACGUGAUAUGAGACGUUUGUUUCCCGCUUGCAUCGGCCAGAAUGUCUCCCGAGGUGACUUGUGAUCGGACACCGAGCACCGCCGCGGCCAUGGAGAGGUUCGGCAACCGGGGGAUGGCACUUCUGCCGUGGACCAAGCAGAUGUUGACGGUGCUGUGGGAGCACCUCUGGGUUCUGGUUCGGGUCAUCUACUGCACUUUCUUGUCUGUUUUUCAGAUGUUUCGCUUUGAAGUGCACUUGCGGAUCACAGACGAGUCGGGCCAGCACAGCCCGUCUGAAUCCUUCCUCUUCUCCUCGCUGUUCGACAGCGAAGCCGGGGUGAUGGUGGGCCACCCCAACGGUCUGACGGACCUCUGCCGCGGCACCGCCGACGACGGACGGACCGCGGCCGAGGCGUUGCUGUCGGGCCUGGCUCCCGACGACAGCCUCUACGUGGGCUUCCGGGGAGACUGGGACAUCUUCCCGACUUUCCCCAAGGAGGCAGUUUUCAGGGAGGAUUCCAAAGCGGACCGGGACGCGGCCGAGUUCGACAGCAGAGAAAGCUGGGCCGCGUGGGAGCCCGUGUCCGCGUGCAACGAGCCUUUCUCGAAAAAGCCCAAAGCGGACACUGGGGAAGACAAAGCCGGCGAGGACAUGUCGGGCCUGAGGAUGUGGGUCAGCCACUCCGACAGCUACUCCAGCUGGUCCAGCUCCGACGCGUCCGUUGCCGACCUGGAGGAGAAUGAAGGCCUCCUGGAUUUCUUCUCCAGGUCCGACGACCCCUAUGACCCCAUGUGCUUCACCGCCUGCAUUGUCAGCAAAGCGCCGCAGCUCGUCUCGGCGACUACCGACCGCAAGGAGACCGGCGGCGUCUCUUCAUCAGAGGACGAGGAGGACCAGUGCCGGUGGCUCGACCGGAAAAACGACCCUUUCCACCCGCUCAACUUCCAAGCCCGUCUCGGCAAUCAGCAGCCUCAAUGUGCCCUACGGCCUCUAAAAGCCACUCCUGCUAAACGCACCCCACCCAAAACACUCCAGAGACAGAACCGACGAGCCGGGCGUCGGCCUGACGACGUCAGACGGGUGCCGUGGAAACGACCCGCACAGAGGCGUCAAUCAACGGAAAAGCGCCAAAGACCUGGCAGUAAAAAAAAGUGCGAGGUGCGCUUCUCUCCAGUGGUGGAGGUCCACGUGAUGUGGGCGUGGCGCUUUGCCACCGCCGCCACCCGCAAAGGACCCUGGGAGGAGAUGGCCCGGGACCGCGACCGCUUCCGGCGCCGCGUCGGCGAGGCGGAGCGGACCAUCGGUUACUGCUUGGAGCCCGCGCACAGAGCCAGGAUGCGAGUGUACGUCGAUGCCCACCGCAACCCGGGUUGAUUUUUUUGGGGGGGACUUCGUCGUUGGUUAUUUAUUUGAUUGAAGUUCACAUUUCACAACUUUAUACCUCCCAAAAAAAAAUGAUUUUUGCCAUUUCUUUUGAGUGUUUAUUGUUGCACUGAGUGACACUUUGUGAAGGUUCCGCUUUUGUGUUUUUUGUCGUGCAUUUGGACCUAACAAUAGGAAAUUUUUUUUUGUAUGUAAUGAAUGUACAACAGCUCAAGUAGACACCAGGAAAAAAAAAUGUAAAAGGGCUUAUUAUCAGCAUUUUUAAAUUAUUUUAUUUAUGGUCUGGUGCAAUUUUUGGGUUCAGUGAAUGUUGUAACUGGGUUAGUUUUUUUUUUUUUUUUAAGUGCCCUUUUAUACUUUCUGAAGCCUUUUGGAACAUUCUGUGACUUUGGAGGCCUAAUAUUAUUAAUAUAUUUUUUACUGAUUAAUAACUGUGAUCAACAAAUACACUAAGCUUAAUAACUUGGAAGUAUUUAUUUUCUUUUGACUGAGUCAAGCGUUGCAUCACACAAACUGCAACAAAAGCGAGCACACUCCCUGCUACACUUGCCUUGUGAACAGACACCCGUCCAAAAUGCCCCCCCGGAGAAAUACAU